AUGGAUGCUGCUGAUCGGGACUUGAUGGUUACAGUCUUACCAAUUGAUCCAAAGAAUUUGGGAAGCCAGAAAUGUCACAUUGGUCCCAAAAUGAUGAAAGACCUGUCACUUAAUAUGGGUACAUGGGUCUGUAUCACGUGGCAAGGUUGUGAAGUGCUCUGUCAAAUCUGGCCAAGAAGUGAUCUUUGCGAAGAAUAUGUACAGUGUGAUACAACUGUCUACCGAACCAUUAAUCCAGAGAAGAGUCGUGUCAGUCCCAGUAUGUUGUCUGGAACUAUUCACAAAUCUAACAUGAAAAAGUUGAAGGUGACAAAAUUAAACUGUGUUAGUGUGUCGUUAGUUUCACAGAGAUCUACGGAUGAAGCUAUCCAUUAUGCUCUGGAUGAUUCCUGUUUGUCAGAUUACAUUCACAAUAUUCUUGUGAACCAUGCACUUUUCCAAAACUCGGUUGUCCGACUUCAGGAUCUUGAUCACUGUGGUGCUCAUCGCUACACUAGAAUUACGCAUAUUAUAAUAAAACAUUUCGACAUAGCUGGGCAACAAAAUUCGGGCAAAAAGUCUUCAAAUGUUAAGAAAGUAGGAAUCGUUUCAAUGUCAACCAAGGUUAAAAUAGUUGGCCAGAUGAGUAAUGAGAGAUUUGAGGGGCAGAGUGUUCAGUGCUCAUAUGGCGGGCUCGAAAAUCCAGCAAAAAUGCUGAAAGAGUACAUUAGUUACCCAUUUGUGUACCAAGAGUCUUUCAAAAGACUUGGACUUGAGUGUCCUAAAGGUGUGCUCCUUCAUGGGCCUACUGGAGUCGGCAAGACAUUGCUGGUGAGGGCAGUAUGUGCUGAAUGUAAUGCUUUUAUUGUGCAAAUCAAUGGUCCAGAAAUUAUUGGGCCCCAUCCUGGCGAAAGUGAGGAAAAUCUGCGUAAAAUUUUCCAGAAGGCUAACCGACUCUCAGAAGAGGGUCCAACAGUGUUAUUUAUAGAUGAACUAGAUGCACUGUGCCCUAAACGUGGACAUGGAAGUCGUGGACAUGAAAAUAGAAUUGUUGCACAGUUAUUAACUUUAAUGGAUGGCCUGGAAACGCGUGAGAAGUUAAUUGUGAUUGGCGCCACCAAUAGGCCAAAUGCUAUAGAUGUAGCAUUGAGAAGACCUGGAAGGUUUGACAUAGAAGUAAGUAAACAGUCACUAUAA